UCCUACCACCACGUGCUUGCGUCAGGUUAAUUUAACCUCAAAAUUGUUCGCCAAAACACUCUGUGAAAGUUAAUUUUGUUUAUCAAGUGAAAAGUUUAUUUACACUUUGCUUCCAACAUGAUAAGACGUCAAGCUCGUCUGCGUCGUGAGUACCUAUACAGAAAAUCCAUUGAAGGAAAAUUAAAAACUAUACAGGAGAAAAAAGAUAAGUUGAAAAAGAGUUUAGAAGAAAAUGUGCCCAUACAUCCAGAUCUAAGGAAAACUGCUCUUCAUUUGCAAAGAAAAGCAGAAUGGGAGGAUGCAGGACCGCAACUCGCCAUGACAAUGGGCACAGAAAUGGGAGGUGCCCUGGGCGACAGCAAGGAUGACGAGUACCGAUGGGCAGGAGUCGAGGAUCCAAAAAUUGUCAUCACAACCUCCCGCGAUCCAAGUGCACGAUUAAAAAUGUUUGUGAAGGAACUUCGUCUUAUUUUUCCCAAUGCACAGCGCAUGAAUCGUGGUAAUUACGAAAUGAAGAAACUAAUUCACGCCUGCAGGGCAAACGAUGUCACUGACUUUAUUAUCGUUCACGAGCAUCGAGGAGUACCGGACACACUUAUCAUUUGCCACCUUCCUCACGGUCCAACGGCGUAUUUCACCAUGUCCGGAGUGGUAAUGCGACAUGACAUUCCCGGUAUUUCAACAAUGUCCGAGGAAUAUCCACAUUUGGUGUUUCAUAAUUUUAAGACAAAACUCGGCGAGAGGACAAUGAGUAUUUUGAAAUAUCUAUUUCCUGUGCCAAAGAAGGAGAGCAAGAGAGUCAUCACUUUUGCAAAUCAUGAUGAUUAUAUUUUCUUCAGACAUCACACUUAUCGGGAGGAGAAAGGAAGAAAUGUGGAGAUGACCGAAGUGGGACCGAGAUUUUUAUUGAAACUUUAUGAUAUUAAAUUGGGCACUUUGGAUUCUAUUGCUGCAGCUGAUACUGAAUGGGCUUUAAGGCCAUAUAUGAAUACUUCUCACAAGAGAAGGUUCUUGUCUGAUGAAGAUGGAUGGAACCAAAAGGACGAGCAGUAAAUUUUGCCCAUUGCAGCAAUAUUCAUUCUGAAGAAGGCAAUUGACACCUCGAGGAAGCUCCUUUUACAUAUUUGUAAAUAAUUUAACUAUGUAUAUUUAAUAAAAAAAAUUUUUUACAAUCUA